AUGGCGUCUGGGACGUCGAUGGAGGACAGUCCCAUGGAGGAGUUGGUGGACCAGGGGUUGGGGAUGGAGGAGAUGGGACUGAGGAGGCCCUCUCUUAGGGAGACCUACCACCAUGACUCCCUGCUGGCUCCAGACACAGACUUCAUGACCGAUGACCGCAGCUCUGCAGCGAGCGGGAUAGAUGUAGCAGACCGCCUGACAUACCUGGAGCAGCGGAUGCAGAUGCAGGAUGAUGAGAUCCAGCUUCUGAAGAUGGCCCUGGCAGACGUCCUCAAGAGACUCAACAUCUCAGAGGAACACCAGGCCACCAACGCCAAGAAAGGACCUGCUGAGAAAGCUAGGCCUGUGUCUCUUGCCCAGCCACCCAGACCAUCAACGAACAGCCUUGCCUCUCUGAAGAAAAGCUCCACAAGCUCUACAAUGCCCUCUACCUCCACCGCACGGAACUACAGCCCCUUACCAGGAGCAUCAGCCAAGAGUGGUGUGAAGAGUUCAGCAGGCAGUCUGAAGGACUGUACCUCUAAGACUCGGCCAGGCCCCCAACCUGGCCCCUCAGGCUCAACAGCGGCCCCCAGCAGUAAGAAAGGCGAUAGCAAAACCAAGGAGCCUGCAGCCAGUGCAGGUAAGACAAUGAUUUAAUGUCUACUGUCCACUCGCAGG